AUGAUUAUUGUAGAUAAGCUGAAGACAGGAAAAAAAGGUGGUGGAACACCUGAGAAAGCUUCCACACCCAACCCGUCUCAGGAUGCCCUUGGUGAGGACAACCGUCCUCAAUCACAAAAUGUUAUCAGUGGGGAAGAGAUUGAGAAACUGGCAAUCAAGGAGGAAAAUCUACAGAAGCUGCAUGAGCCAAAACCACCGAAAGAAGUUAAACAGAAGAAUCCGAUUCCUGUGACUGUCCGAAAAUUGCGACCUGCCGAAGAGUUGGAGCAGCCGAAACCAAAACAGUUGACAGUGUUUAAACCAGCCCCACCUACUGCCCCUCUGCGCCCAAUGGACUACUCAGGUAUUGCUGGUCCCCGUUAUGACCUAGAUGGCGCUGUGUUACACAGCAUUCUUGGGCCAUAUGAAGACUUCAGAAGUGAGGCUAUAAGGAGGGGGGACCUUUUGGACAUUCCUAGCUUGCACCCUGAAGACAUUCAGCCUAGGUGUCCGUCUGUGAAGUAUGAGAAGAAGCCCACUCCUCUAGAUCCUCCCACUAGGAAGGAUGAGCACAAUGCACUGAGACACUGGCAGGUUAAGAUGAGAGAGAGGAAGAGACAGCAGGGAUACAUUUCCAAGUUGUUACAGAAAUCUCCCCAGUCUCUGGUGAUGAAUCAGGCAGACACUUACUAUCACACUCAGGAACAGAGGUACAUCAUUGACAGGACGAUACCAGCUGUGGAUUAUGGCAAAGGAUACCGUGUUGGCAGUGAGUUCUGGAAACAGCAAGAGACUAUAGGAGAAGAAAUGACAGGACUUCACAUGACCUUGUCGCAGACAGAGAGGGGGUACCCACCACCCAUACAGCAUGUUGGCAUACCUGAAGUUGUCAAAUCUGAGAAGGGUUAUUGGUCAAACACAAAGGCUGCUCCUGUAUACUAUCCAUGGCACAGAUCUCCAUAUUUGGAAUACAGGAAAAAACAGCUUCAGCCAAUCAUAAAUCAGCUAGACCCUCAUCAGCCCGAGUUUGAGAGCCUGGCCGUGAUUGGGUCCUCCAGACCUAUGAAGAGUGAAGAGGAGGCUCUCCACCAGGGUUUCAUGCAAGCCCCUGAGGACGAGGUUCCCGAGGGGGGAGACAUGGAUCGAGAGGGGCCAAUGGACAUAGAUCCUGAGACGGACCCGUUGAGUGGUCACCCCGACGUCCACCCUGAACCUGUGUUUGGCCCUUCCCUCCUUUUUGCUGGCCAGCCUGCACGCUGGACAGGUGAUACUUCCAGCCUGCAAGACGAGCCGGGCAUUGAGGCACGCGUCACCUUCGAGAAUUACGCUGGUAGCCGGGUCACAUCCUUCCUUGAAAUCACAAAUGACGGGACAACCUCGAUAUACUAUAACUGGAGGCAACUCCCCAAGCAGAAUCCCUUUGACCUCGUCCAUGCCAAAGUUCAGAGGUUUUACUUCAACACCAGUGAUGGUGUGAUUCUCCCAGCAGAAACCAUGCGGUUCCCAUUUGUCUUCAAAUCGCCCAAUGCCGGCGUCUUCUCUGAGCAGUGGCGCUUUGAGACGCGGCCAGUUGUGUGUGGUGGUGCAUCACUCGUGGUUUCGCUACGCGGCGUAGCGCUACAGGAAGAUAAGUUCAAGUUACAGAGAGAUGAGAUAGAGGUGGACCUGUCACACAAACAAGCACAGCAGGUGGUCAGUCAGAUUCUGAAUGAUGUUCUAGACGGGAUACGACUCCCUGAGCCACCGCGGUCUCCCGUGGAUGCGUACAUUACAGAGAAGGAGAUCUUCACACGACUUAACCCAGGGUGUUAUUACCACUACAGCCUGGUUGAGGAGCUGAAGGAAAUGUACCUGACACUUUUUCCCGAGGAUCAGCGAGAUGGCAAGGAGUGGAACCUCAGCAUCCUCGACAUGAAACAGCAAAUCCUGCAGAUGGAGGAAGAUGAGGAAGACAGUCGCCAGACAUUGUUACAUCGGCUGAAUCUGGCAGUCAUCGACUUGUCCUUCUCUUCACCACGGCCCAUUGAAGACAACCGACAUCGUGUGGGGUAUCAGUUACUGGUGGAGGCUGUAGAUGGGAUAGUGAGACAGGCUGCUAACAUCCGCUUUGUCCUUGGGUUGCCAGAGAGUGAGGAGGAGGAUCAUGAAGAUAGUAUCUGUACGAUUGAACUGGAGCCGCCAGAAUCGGACACUUCGAAACACAAUCGCCGCACAUCUGAGACCAAAAAGUACAAGCAGGCUGAAAAGAAGGAACAGAAAGAGUCAGCCAAGAAAAACCCAUCGGCCAAGGAUCCUAAAGCUGCAAAAGGCAAAGAGCCUCCGAGACCUGAAUCCAAAGGUAAAAGUGUACCCACAACCCCCGCCCCAGCUAAGAAGACCUCGUCCACUCCUUCUAAAGCUGACUCCGCACAUGGGCGAGAGCGGCCAGCCUCCCCGUCUGUCUCCCCCACGGACAGCUCCAGCCAGUCUCUCAAAGACUUGGAGCUUCACAGUCAGUACAAGGAGAAACUCUACUCUCAGGCGUAUCAGAUAUUGGGGGAUAUGAUGGACAGACUGGAGGCAUCACUACAGGAAAUACAACAGGUGGAGGGAGCCCCUGAUUUGGAGACACUCAUCUACCGAUGAUCUGAUUGGUUAAAAUUCUCCCCGUGUCACAAUGUCUGAUUGGCGAUUAACAGUUCAUGUUUGUAAUGUUGUCUUUGAUCGGCAAACUAAGCCUUAUAUAGCAUUGGCCUGAUCUGGUCUCUCUGAAAUUCGUGUCGCAUUGUCUGAUUGGUUACACACUUUCUGUCUUUGUCAUGUUGGUUUUGAUUGAGUAAUGCAGAUUUGGAGACACUGAUCAACCGAUGAUCUGAUUGGUUAAAAUUCUGAAUUAGUGUUGCAUUUUGUCUGACUGCUUAUUAUCUGUCCAUGUUGGUGAUAUUAUGUGAAAUUCUGCAAACUAACCUUGAUCACUGACAAGUAUUGUUUAGUUAUUCUUCUUGAGUUAAACAUUUCCAAUGUCACCAGUCAAAUAUUUAUUAAUCCUUCAAUUUGACAUCUAAACAAUCCCAUUACAUUCCAACCAGCCUGUGAUAUUGUUCAUGAGACUUUUUUAUUAUGGAAUGAAAGUUUUCAUACUUAUACUCUAUAGUUUCAAUUUUCAAUUAUUGUUGGUCAUUAUAAUACAUAAAACAUUGUUGAAACACAAGCGAUGUUUGUUGUGUUUUUUCUUUUAUAUGAUCUAUGGAAUGCCUGUUUUGAUUUAUGUACUUAUUUUCUUUCUUUAUUGAUUUUUGACGUUGUACUCAUGAAUAUUUUACUUACCCUAAUUCUGCAACUAAUAUUUGGAAACAUUUUGAGGGAACUGUUGGGUGUAGAGAAAUAAUUUGCAGUUUUAUGAAGCUUGCGUCUUUAAUGGCAUAAA